UUCUGAUGUUUUGUCAGGUGCGACGUAAUAUAUUUCUUUUGACUGCUAAACCUGGACGCCAGUUUCCAGGACCAUAUAAAAGAUUGUGAUCUUUCAAGCGCUUUUUCCUCAGCCAAGACCUUCACAUCUGAACUAACGGCGCAGCUUCAUCCUUGCCCUUUGCAAAUCACCAUGUGCACCCAAUUAUCAUCCUCCGUCUUUAUUUGCUGCCAAUCUGGUCAGCAAUCAUCAAUCCCAACCUCGAGGGCGCCGUCAUCAACCGUGUCGAUGCUCAUCUCUCGCACUGUAAGCGAGCCUCAAUGCUGCCAUUGCGGGUGGAGGGGCGCCCACGCACCUGGGUGCCCUUUCAAGUAAGGGAAGGGUAUACGACUGCGUUUGUUCUUAACUUCUCUUUUCUCCUUUGCCAUCCCUUACCAUUCUUUCGACGCCAGGUCCUUACCCACACCACUCACUCCGACAUCACGUAUUUGUCUGCUUUCCAUUGCUAUCGCAGCUUUGCACCCGCUUUCUAUUCAUAUCUUAAUAUGCUUCCCUCUCUCUUAUCGUAUAUAUUCCACACCAGUCGGACUCGGACAUUUCAUUCUAUAUUAUUGUUAACAGUUGAUUAUGCAACUAUUGUGCUCGAGAUAAGGCUACUCCUUUGUGCUUGCGCAGUCAUCUGCACAGGUACAUGGGAAUGCAGGGCAAGAGAAGUCGUAAACAAUCUGCACGUCUCUUCAUUCA